CUCAUAGAGGAUCUGAUCCAGUUUUAUUGUCUCUGCCUGAGGACCAGAGAGGACCCGGACCCGCACAGACCCGCACAGGCACGCACAGACUGCGAGGGAAGAUCUGCUGUGAGGAGAUUAAUUUUUAUUUUUGUUUCAUCAAAGAAACUCUCAGGACUCACCUGUUCCUGGUCCUGAGAUGGGCUUGAGUUCCAGAGUGGAGCGGCUUCUGGUCCAGCUGUAGUCCGGACUGUGAGGAGCAGGCAGAGCCCCGCGCAGCCCCCGGUCCCGGCCCCGCACAGCCCCCGGUCCGGCCCCGCGCAGCCCCGGUGAUGUUAGCGGUGGGUCAGAUGGACGGGUCCCGACAGAGCGCCUUCCUCCUCAGCCCCCCUCCGUUAGCGGCUCUGCACAGCAUGACGGAGAUGAAGACCCCGCUGUACCCGGCCUACCCCCUUUCCUCCCCCGGCCACAACUCCUCCACCUCCCCAGCCACCACCUCCCCUAACCCGGGCGGCAUGGCGGGCUCCUCCCCGGGCAUCAAGAGCUCCGGGGGGAUGUCGUCGGGGCUUGGUUCCCCGCAGCUGAGCUCCUCCGCCACCCCGCACGGGAUUAACGACAUCCUGAGCCGGCCCUCCGCUGCUGCGGCCGCCGCCGCCGCAGCCUCGGUGGCCGUUGCCGCCGCCUCGUCCUCCGCUGGGAUCCUGUCCAGUCUGCCCCGGUUCAGCAGUCUCAGCCCCCCGCCUCCACACGGACUCUACUUCAGCCCCGGGGCCGCCGCCGUGGCCGUGGCCCGGUACCCGAAGCCUCUGGCGGAGCUGCCGGGCAGGACGCCCAUCUUCUGGCCCGGAGUGAUGCAGAGCGCGCCGUGGAGGGACGCCCGGUUCGCGUGCUCAGCGCGUGAGUACCAGAAUUCGGUGCUGCUGGAUAAAGACGGGAAACGGAAACACACGCGGCCCACCUUCUCCGGUCAGCAGAUCUUCGCGCUGGAAAAAACGUUCGAACAAACCAAAUACCUGGCGGGACCGGAGCGCGCGAGGCUGGCCUACAGCCUGGGGAUGACGGAGAGCCAGGUCAAGGUGUGGUUCCAGAACCGGAGGACGAAGUGGCGGAAGAAGCACGCGGCGGAGAUGGCGACCGCGAAGAAGAAGCAGGACUCGGAGACGGAGAGACUGAAGGGGGGGUCGGACGUCGAGGACGAGGACGACGACUACAACAAACCGUUAGACCCGAACUCGGACGACGAGAAGAUCACCCAGCUGCUCAACAAACACAAACCGGGAGCAGGACCCGGACCGGGCCCGGGGCUGCUGAUGCACGGAUCGGAGAACGACAGCUCUUAACUCGGAGACCCAGAGACUCAGAGACUCAGAGACUAACAGACUCAGAGACCCGGUCACUCGCAGACCCGGAGACUCAGAGACCCGGACACUCGGUGACUCGGACUCUGUUUGUGGAAACGAGAGGAACUGAGGAGUUUUUAGUUUUCCUGCGGAGCUUCAUGCCGGACUCACGAGGAGCUCAUCGGACUCUCAGAGGCCUAAACCCGGACAGGCCGGAGAAGCUCGGCCCGGCUCGGCUCGGUUAUUUUUGUAAAUAAUCCGUGAGUUGUGAGAUUAGAAAAGAAUAAUUUAAAUGUUUUUGUACAGACCACUGCUCCCAGAUCAGCUCACACUUUAUUUUGAGUUCACUCAAACUUCUCCUGCUUCUCAGCGGGUCCCUGAACGCCUCUUUGACACAUCAGAUUAGGGGGAACCCGUGAACGCAGCACACGCACCUGUACAGACGUGUUUUUAUUUAUAUGUGGAAUGUACCUGACAGGUAAAUGUAAUGAUGCACUUUUAUUUAAUAAAAACACCAUGAUGGAU